AUGGCUUCGUUUGCAUCGACGGCGGUUCUUCCGACCUGCGGCGCCGGGUGCGGCGCGCAGCGCGGCAGCCGGUGCGUGGCCCGCGCGUCCUUGGUGGCGGCGCCGGCUCCGGCGACGGCGAGGACGCACUACGAGGUGCUCGGGGUCGGGGCCGGCGCGAGCAGGUGCGAGAUCAAGGCGGCGUACCGGCGCCUGGCGAGGGAGGUGCACCCGGACGCCGGCGGCCGCGGCGACGAGGGGUUCAUCCGCCUGCACGCUGCGUACGCCACGCUUGCGGAACCCGACGAGCGCGCGCGCUACGACCGCGCCGUGGCCGUCGCCGCGCCGGUCCGGAGCAGGGCGGCGCCGGCGGGGUUCCGGCAGCGGAGGUGGGAGACGGACCAGUGCUGGUAG